GGAAAACGGCGCUUUUGAGCACGCGACUAAAAAAGUGUUCUCCACGCUUGUGGUUGGAGGACCUGAAUCUUGACUUCGUCUUGAGCGCACCGAGAGAAGAUCGUUUGAGUAUAUGGAGGAGAAUUGAGCCGGAAGAGUGGAGGGGCAGACCCGUCAAUUCCGCCGCACCUUCUCCUCCGGUGCCCGCGAUGUGGAGGAGGGGCAGUCGCAAGUGCGGGCAUUGACGACUGACCUGACGUGCUGAAAUACUGUACCGCGACACGCUUUUCGCGCCCGCAAUCUUGCUUUCCCUUUUCUUCGCGCGCCUUUUGCAAAGUUGGAAGACUGGCUGCUAAAUAUUGAGAUUGGCUGAUCUCACACAAAAGCCUGGAUUCAAGCAUAUAAACGCAACAUAUUGGAUAUCAUAAAUAUGGAGGUCCCAACAGCAAAAUCAGUGCCUGAGACGAAGAGUUUGGCAGAGAUAUACCCAGAAGAUGCAUUGAAAAAACAAACGACAAGAUGGAAUGCUUUGCUCAAGCAGUUCCGCGAAACAUACAACAAAAGCCCGGAUUUCGUAUCGAGAAGUCCGGGCAGAGUGAACAUCAUUGGAGAGCACAUCGACUAUUCGUUAUACGAGGUCUUGCCAAUGGCAGUCACAGAGGACGUCUUGCUCGCAGUCUCCAUACACAAGAAAGAGUCCGGACCCAGCACGAUACGACUCAACAAUGUACACUCACACAAAUUCGAGGCACGAGAAUUCGAUAUCCCCGAUACUGGAGACGUACACAUCGAUUCAACAACACUGGAAUGGACGAAUUACUUCAAGUCAGGCUUGGUUGGCGCAACAGAAUUGCUUCGCAAGAAAUCGAAAGAGUUCAAGUGCAGUGUGGGCAUGGACAUACUUGCAGAUGGCACAGUACCAUCAGGAGGCGGCUUGUCGAGUAGCGCGGCAUUUGUGUGCGCUAGCGCUUUGGCAGUGAUGAAGGCCAACGGGGUGGAGCAGGUUGACAAGAAAGAGCUGGUCGAGCUGGCGAUUGUCUCGGAGCGAGCAGUGGGUGUGAAUUCGGGAGGCAUGGAUCAGUCUGCCUCUGUGUUUCCUCUGCAAGGCUCCGCUCUCUAUGUGUCUUUUGUGCCCGGACUUUCAGCGACGAACGUCAAAUUCCCAGAGCUAAAGUCACCACUCACAUUCGUCAUUGCUCAGUCAUUCGUGGCGGCGGACAAGCACACCACAGGUCCAGUGUGUUACAACCUCCGAGUGGUCGAGGUCACACUUGCAGCUCUGGUAUUAUCCAAGAUUUUCCGGUUGUCAAACCUGCCUUCGGAUUCUGGUCCACUAGGCGUAAGUCUGCGAGGCUUCCACGAUACGUAUUUCCAGGAGAAGGAAGGCAUCAAGGACAACCACCAGAUCUCGAAAGAGGACUUCCGCCAACAACUCCAAGACCUCAUCCACAAAGUCGACCAAUACCUGCCACAAGAGGAGGGUUACACACGAGAACAGCUCUCAGACAUUCUAGGCAUCAGCAUCCCAGACUUGGAGCAACGAUACAUGUCCAAAUUCCCGAUCCGAGCAGAGAAGUUCAAGCUCAGACAACGAGCAUUGCACGUAUUCAGCGAAGCCAGUCGCGUACUGGCAUUCAUGGAUCUUUUGACCUCUCCUGCGCCUCAAACGGAUGCUGAGAAUGCAGAGCUCCUGAAAUCUCUUGGUGAGCUCAUGAACGAGACCCAGGAUUCAUGUCGAGACAUUUACGAAAAUUCGUGUCCGGAACUCGAUGAGCUUUGCACACUUGCCAAGUCCGCUGGGUCAUAUGGUAGUCGGUUGACUGGUGCUGGUUGGGGUGGCUGUACUGUGCAUCUUGUACCUGCUGAUAAAGUUGAGGCUGUUAAGCAGAAGUGGGUUACAGAGUACUACAAGAAGAAGUUUCCGGAUAUUACUGAGGAGAAGUUGAGUGAGGCGAUUGUUGUGAGUAAGCCUGGGAAUGGCAGUGCUGUGUUCCAGGUCGAUGGAAGGGAAGAGGUGUGAGGAAUUUGAUCGAUUUGUUGUACAGAGAUGGCUCAUCUUGCAUAAUUGGAGUUCAAAUGCAUAGCGAGAGAAAUUGUUUAGAAUAGAUGCACACGUGCUGUCGUGGCAUCUAUGCAGAACAAGCUGGUUUAGGCAUGGUAUCUUCAUCUUGUUAUCGAGGCCCAGCGUCAUCCAUACACUGAACGUGUUCGCAAGCGUUGAGAUCGAGCGAUACUGUGUAUUCUCACUGAAACCUGCUUGCUCC